AUGAGCAGUUACUCCAUGGCCAGUAGACGCAGCAGCGGCUCCAACCUGGGCGCAGCGCUGCUGGGCGGCACGGGGGCGUCUUCGGCGAUUUCCCGGUCCGGACUGCAGAUGGCGCGGCUCUUGGCGGCGGCGCGUGGCUUGGGUGGAGGUAAAGGCGGCGCGGCCGGAGGAGGUGCGGACCUCGCGGACCCCCUGUCUGCUUUGUAUGGGGAGCUCGAAAAAGCGCGGCUCCGGUACGCGGUCACGUGCGAGGUGAGACUGAUCGGCCUCGCACCGGACAUGCUGGUUUUGGAAAACUGGGCGUUUGUGAUGCGGGCCAUUGAGGGUGUCGACGUCGAGGAGACUCUGGCGGCUUUUCGGCGAGAUGCAGCAGAAGAUGAAGCCGGCAUUAGUACGAAUAUCGGGCAGCAUCCUCAGCCGCAUGAAGGCACAGAUUUCAUGAAGCUGCGCGGGGACCUCUUUGUCGACCAAAACUGCGACUUUCCCAAGUUGCUCGGCGGUUUUCAAAACGGGAUAUUCGGAAAGAAGACCACCCUAAAAAGCAAGCUGUGGGCUUUCGUAGGGCUCGUGAAAAACGUACCCGGCGCAAUUGCCCUGACCUUGAAGAUGGCGAAGGCGAAGGAGGCUGCGAAAAAGGGGACGACAAGCGACCAGUAAAGUUUGCUUUUGCUUUCCUUUUUUUCGCCUAUAGGCAUAGCUAAGUACAACUACUACAACAUAACUCGAACUACAAGAAAUACAGAUCAAAUGAAAUCGAAUAAUCGCGAUUUGAAAGGAUGUAGUUGCCUUCAUUUUGAUGCAGUUCUUAACUUCUGGUUCCAGCGGUGCAGCCACGGAUGUCCCCCUAACGUUAACUGAACAGGUCUGUUUCGAUGUACGACCGGUCGCAGAUUGUCGGCGCUGCGUUGAAGGGUGCAGAGCACAAAGAAUUGUGGGCUUCGCAAGCCGAAAGCACAAACAUGUAUGGAGGGGGCGUGAUAGCCGUGCGUGGCGCGGGGCCGAUAUUGGACCCGCAGACACUGGGGAAUUUUCCCGUCAGCGCACCACCGAGCCCGGGGGAUCCCGAAAUCAUCUUCCAGCACCGCGAGUACCUAAUUGGCGACGUCGCCGACUGCGUGAAGCUCGCCGAGCAAGUGCACAAGGAGAUGAUUGAGUGGCAUGUGGAGAGUGGCUUGUGGUCCGCGGUAGAUUUCGAAGAUGCACAGGGCCGACGGGAAGUCCGACUCCUUCCCGCAGGCGGCGCGGGCGAAUUUUUCGAAAACGGCAGCAGACCGCGCGGUAGCAAACGAAGGACGUCACUGGUUGGAAGAGCACUCACAAACGUGCGGGAAAGUUAUACGGGAGAAUAA